AUGAUUCGUCAAAUUCUUUCUAUAAAAAAGUAUAACCAAUCUAGUGUUUCAUCUAAAAACUUUUUGGAUUUCUCUUAAUUUUUAGAGAAGAAUGUUUUAUCUUCAGCUCCAAGAUAAAUAUCAACAGCUACAAUUAGAAACACAAAAGAGAGGGAAAAAUAUUCAAAAUGCUAUGAUCGUAGUGGAAAAUGUCAAGGUUGUGAAAAAAAUAAAAACUGGAAAAAAGAUGAGAGUCGUCUGUCAAUAAGUGAAGCUAUUCGGGAAGCUUAAAGAUGCUUAAAAUGUACCGAUGCACCUUGCUAAAAAGGAUGCAGUACAACAAUAGAUAUCAAAAGCUUUAUAUACAACAUAGAGAAAAAAAAUUGGUAUAAAACGGUUCUCUAUCCAUCUUUAGGUAUGGAGCAGCUAAAGUAAUUCUAACAGAUAAUCCUUUGGGUUUGAGUUGUGGCCAAUUAUGUCCAAUUAGUGAAUUAUGUGCAAGAAAUUGCAAUGUAUCAUCAAGUGAGAAGGGAGCUAUAAAAAUAAACAAACUAUAAGAGUUUGCAGUUUCAAUGUUUAAGGUAAAAACUUUAAUAACCAUUUAGGAUAUGGGUGUUAAACAAAUUCGGGAUAUUAGAUUACCAAAAAAUGAUCAUUUUGUAUUCGAAUCAUCCAUUGCGUUGAUUGGCGCUGGUGCAGCUUCUUUAUCAUGUGCUACCUUUUUGGGAAGAUUAGGCUAUAAAAAUAUUACUAUAUUUGAGAAGUAGCAACAUGCUGGAGGAUUAGUUAUGAGCGAAAUACCGAUGAAUCGUUCUCCAGUAGAUGACAUAAAUUGGGAAAUUGAAUAAGUAAAACAAUUAGGAAUUAAAUUCCAAUUUGGGAAAGAGUUUGGUAAGGAUUUCAGUAUAGAAUCUCUAAGAAAGGAUGGAUUUGAGUGUAUAUUCAUUGGUUGUGGAUUAAAUGAGCCAAAAAAGGGUUUAGGAAAUAUUUAUUCAUAAAGUCAUAUAUUAAAUUCAAAGACCUUCUUGCCUAAAGUGAAUAAAGCAGUGAAAUAAGAUAAAGAUAUAGAAGGGACUCCAAAAUUAUCAGGACAUGUCAUAGUAUUAGGUAUAGGAGAUACUGCAUUAGAUUGUGCUAGAUCAGCAUAUAGAUGUGGUGCUGAACGAGUUAGUGUUAUAUUUAGAAGAGGAUGGUAGGAUAUUAGAGCAAAUGAUGAGAUUUUAAUACCUUCUAAGAAUGAGGGGAUUAACUUUAUUCCUUAUGAGUAGCCAAUAAAAUUAAUUGAUAUUAAUGGGUAAUUGAAAGAAAUUGAGUUGGAAUAAAAUCUUCCUAUAAAUAAUGAUCCCUAUAAUCUAAAAUACAAGCUAACUGGAGAGAAAUGCAGAAUGAGUUUUGAUUAUUUGAUAACAGCAUUUGGUUCAGAGAUACAGAAUAAAGAAUUGUAAGAGUUUAUAAAUUCAGAGAAUGGAUUUGUAUAAAUAAAUGAGAAACAUUAAGUAAAAGGAUGUGAUUGGUUAUAUGCAGGUGGGGAUGCUGUUGGAGUGGCAAAUUUAGUAGAUGCUGUGAAUGAUGGUAAAACAUCUUCUUGGAAUAUUCAUAAUUACUUAUAGAGAAAGUAUUCGAUUUCUUAAUUGACACCAGAUCAUUUACCUUCAUAUUCAACAGAGAUUGACAAUAUAGAUUUAAGUAUUAAUAUAUUGGGAGUUAAUUUUCCAAAUCCUUUUGGUUUAGCUUCAGCACCUCCAACAACUUCAUAUCCAAUGAUAAAAAGAGCAUUUUAAGAAGGAUGGGGUUUUGCAGUUGUAAAGACAUUUGUAUUAGAUAAAGAUGCAAUUACAAAUGUAUCUCCGAGAAUUUAUAAAAGUACUACAGAUCCAUUAAAAUAAGAUCCAGGAUAUGCAAAUAUUGAAUUAAUUAGUGAAAAAUCAGCAAAAUAUUGGUUGGAGGGUAGUAAAUAAAUUAAGAAAGAAUUUCCGAAUAAUGUUUUAAUAGGUAGCAUAAUGUGUUAACAUAAUGAAAAAGAUUGGAGAGAAUUAACAAGAAAAUGUAAAAAUGAAGCAUAAUUUGAUAUGUUGGAAUUGAAUUUAUCAUGUCCUCACGGAAUGACAGAAUUAGGAAUGGGUAGAGCAUGUGGAGAGAAUCCAUAAAUAGUAAAGGAUAUUUGUGAAUGGGUAACAUCUGAGAUAGACAUUCCUGUUAUUGUUAAGAUUACUCCAAAUUAUCCUGAUUCAGCAGUUAUUGCUUAAGCUGCAAAAGAUGGUGGAGCAAAAGCAGUUACAUUAACUAAUACUUUUCCUACUUUAAUGGAUCCAGAUCCUUUAGGAACACCUUGGCCAGCUGUUGGAGAAGAAAAUAAUGUUACCUAUGGUGGAGGAUGUGGAUCUAUGUUAAGACCUAUUGCUUUGAGAAAAACUUCAGAAGUUGCUAAAGCUAUCCCUGAUCUUAUCAUAUUUGGUAGUGGAGGUAUCAUUCAAGGUGAUCAUGCACUCUCAUUCUUAAGAUAUGGAGCCUCUGCCUUUUAAAUUUGUUCAGCUGUGUAAGACUAAGAUUUCGCUACAGUCUUCUAUGAUCUUAAAACUAGUCUUUAAGCACAUCUUUUUGCUUCUAAUCAUCUUAAUUAAAAAUAAUGGAAAGGAUAAUUCCCAACCACUUCUAAACCUGCCUAUUCAUUCAGUUCCAAUAAUAAAAUCAAAAAUCUUGUAGGAACUGGAUUACAUCAUAUUAAAGAUAUAGCUGAUAUGAAAAGAGAGAACUUCUUAAUCCCUAAAAUUAAUGAAGAUUCUUGCUUAAAAUGUGGUAGGUGCUAUUUAACCUGUUUAGAUUCAGGAUAUUAAGCAAUUAAAUUCGAUAAUUUUAAUUCCUACCCAAACAUUAUUGAAGAAUUAUGUACUGGUUGUGCUCUAUGUCAUGCUGUAUGUCCUGUUGAAGGUUCUAUCUCCAUGGAAAUUAGAGCCACUGAUAUUGUUGUUAAUAGAGGCAUUCCUUUAGAAAAUGAACCUGAAGGAUUGAUCAAUCAUAUUACAAGCAAAAAAAAAUGA